UAUCCUUCAGAUGGCCGGAUAGCUUCUGCUAGCUUUUAUUCUCAUCUUUUUUUUACUUCUAAAUGAAAUGUAUUUAAGUCUCGCCUUUUGACAGCGUUUCUGUUAAACUAGUAUUUUAUUCUGUUGAUUUCCCACAUGUUAUUGUGAGUGUAUUGUGUUUGUUUUGUACAGUAUUUAUUUGGUAGCAGCUAGCCCCGUUAGCAUCUUUGUUGUGAGUUUAGGCCUCGCUGUUUCACCGGCUGUCGAUUUUAACAAUAGCCGGAAAAUACCCCCCUCUCCUCGGCUUGUUUUCAUCACAUUUCAAGGGAUUAUCUCUCAAACAAACAUGGAGGAUAAACAGGUCUGGAUGCCUUUCAUCAACUGAGACGGUUUGUUAUGCUGGAGGAUAUUUAAUUUCACCUGGAAUUGAAGAUAUUUUUUGAGAAGAGGAUCAUAUUUUAGGAUCACAAAGAAAAGAUGUCUAACGGCGCAGGAUGGCUGGAGUCUGCGAAUGGAAAAGGGGAUUCUGCAAAGAUGGACGCUCCCAAGAAGUCGAGCUCCAAGCUUUCUGUGGAGCGAGUUUAUCAGAAGAAGACGCAGCUGGAGCACAUCCUCCUCCGCCCGGACACCUACGUGGGCACCGUGGAGCCCAUCACCCAGCAAAUGUGGGUUUUUGAUGAAGAAAUAGGAAUGAACCAGAGAGAGAUCACCUUCGUCCCGGGGCUGUACAAAAUCUUUGAUGAAAUCCUGGUCAACGCAGCAGACAACAAACAGAGAGACAAGAACAUGACAAGCAUUAAGAUCACCAUUGACGCUGAGUCCAACACCAUCUCGGUGUGGAACAACGGUAAGGGGAUCCCGGUGGUGGAGCACAAAGACGAGAAGAUGUACGUUCCUGCGCUCAUUUUCGGACAAUUACUCACCUCCAGCAACUACGACGACGACGAGAAGAAGGUCACAGGUGGAAGGAACGGAUACGGAGCUAAACUCUGCAACAUCUUCAGCACCAAAUUCACUGUGGAGACGGCCUGCAAAGAGUACCGGCACAGCUUCAAACAGACGUGGCUCAACAACAUGUCUAAAACCUCGGAGCCUAAGAUCAAGUUCUUCGAUGGAGACGACUUCACGUGCGUGACGUUCCAGCCCGACCUGUCCAAGUUCCAGAUGGAGAAACUGGACAAAGACAUCGUGGCUCUUCUGACACGCCGAGCGUACGACAUCGCAGGGUCCUGCCGGGGCAUCAAGGUCACGCUCAACGGGAAGAAACUGCCCAUCACUGGUUUCCGCAGCUACGUGGAUCUGUACGUGAAGGACAAAGUGGACGAGAUGGGCGUUGCUCUGAAGGUCGUGAACGAGAAGGUGAACGAUCGCUGGGAGGUUUGUCUCACGCUCAGCGAAAAAGGAUUCCAGCAGAUCGGCUUCGUUAACUGCAUCGCCACCACCAAGGGCGGCAGACACAUCGAUUAUGUUGUGGAUCAGAUCGUCCACAAACUGAUUGAAGUGGUGAAGAAGAAGAACAAAGCGGGCGUCACGGUGAAGCCUUUCCAGAAUGGAAGUAGUCAUCACAUACAUAAGUAUAACAAUUGUGUACCUGUGGUGGUUUCUCAGGAGCAGUACCAGUUCCUGUACAGAGCCAUGCUGAGUCUCAUCGGGACACAAGAAGACGAGGACACUCUGAAUUCCUCCGACAACAACGGGACGAUCGUGGUGGGAACCGCCAGCACCGCCGAGAGCCUUGAAUCCCUCGUGUGA